UUUCUAACUCCCAUCCAAAGAACGCCACCGAUCGAUCGAACAGCGUGAUGACAUCUACCUUACCGCGACUGCUUCGCCGACUGCCUCUGCGCCAUGGAGUAACUUCCAGGCGGCUCUUCCACGCCACACCAUCGCUCCAGCAUGGUGGCGCGGCAGCUGCAAACGGACCGACAGUUCCGUUGAAGUUUCGAUUGAAAGACGGGUCCAUCAAGGUCGUGGAUGCGCAAAUUGGCACAUCCAUCUUGGAUGUCGCCCACAAGUAUGACAUCGACCUCGAAGGCGCGUGCGAGUCGUCCUUGGCAUGCUCCACGUGCCACGUGAUCAUCGAAGAAGAUCUAUUUGACAAGCUCCCUGAGCCGAGUGAGGAAGAAGAAGACAUGCUCGACUUGGCGUUCGGCCUCACGGCAACGUAGGCGUUUGGACGUGUCCAUUAGAUUCUGACCACUUUUCAGGUCGCGUCUCGGCUGCCAAGUGAUGGUCUCCCCCGAGAUGGAGAACUCAGUGGUAAUCCCACUAACCUCGUUCAUGCGCGUUCUCCUCAACCACUGUCAUGUAGGUGACGUUACCGCUGGCCACCCGAAACUUCUACGUUGACGGCCAUGUCCCCAAACCUCAUUAGUGCAAACUCGUUUAUCUCCCUAAAUGUAAUGAUAGAACCCUGCAAUGAACGUUAUGGU